ACCCGCUCGUACCCACAAAUCGAAGCGAAAGAGUUCAUGAUGUCGAUGCUGCUAUUCGUCAGACGGAUUCAGAUGCAGCGUUGGCACGACUAUCCGCAGUUAGGAAAGGCUAUCUGAACGACCGCUUCAUCAGUUCCCUGGUACCUCGGGCACAGCUACAGCCCCUGCGGCCACCAUUGAUCAAUACUGGCACCUAUGUGCGAUCUGAAGCCAUCGACAGACUUGUGGAACAAUGGCUUGAACUCUCCAAGCCCGAAGGGCAACUUUGUCAGAUUGUCAGUCUCGGAGCAGGGAGCGAUACACGGUUUUGGCGUUUGAUGGAUGGACCCUGGAAAGAACAGCUUGGAGCGUAUUUCGAACUCGACUUUCCGGACGUGACCCUGAAGAAAGCAAUGGCCAUUCGCAAUCCGAGGAGUGGGCUGAGCACUACUCUUGGUCAUUCGGAAUUAGAUCUUGGCGGGCAGGCUUUGCACUCGUCCAGAUAUCACCUUUUGCCAUGUGAUCUUCGCAACCCACCCGCAGAUAUUUUUCCAGGGCUCUUCAAAGAGUAUCUGUCACCUGCUCUUCCAACACUUCUGUUGUUUGAAUGCGUGCUGGUUUACAUGUCUCCGGAGGCCUCAUCCACCUUGAUCCAAUGGUUUGUCGACUUCUUCAGCCCAAGCACCCACAUUCCAUCGCCAGGCACUCUGGGAUGUACGGUGUAUGAAAUGUUCGGGCUGGAGGAUGCCUUUGGGCAGGUCAUGAUGAACAAUCUUCGAGCGAGAAAUGUGUCCCUUCCUGGGGCGAAGCCAUAUCCUUCAUUAGAGUCUCUCCCCGCCCGUUUCUUAAGGCAUGGAUUCACUUCUGCGAAGGCGCUGACGCUUCGUAACAUCAGAAGUAAUUACAUAGAGCCAUCGGAAUUAGAAAGAAUAUCUAGCCUUGAAAUGCUUGAUGAGGUCGAAGAGCUCAAUCUCGUUCUGGAACAUUAUGCAAUCACAUGGGGUAUGAAGGCCUCAUCAGCUGCGACAGUAUCCCCAUGGAUUGAAUGGGGCUUACGUCCGGUCAAACAAGCUUGACUCCAUCUUUUGUUAUCAGAAUCCUUUUUGAUCCAUCCAUUAGCGGAUCUGGCAGUGCGCAGUAUUGUGAUUAGUACAUUCCUAGUGUCAAAUGUGGAUCCAGCAGAUGUGAUCAUGUUCUAGUGCAAGCGGAGUAUAAAAUGCGUCUAACUGUUCUCAUAAAACAAAGAGAAGGACAAGAGAAGGAAGAGCCAG